AUCGAAGCUUGCUUUGACCUAGUUUCUGUAUCAUAUGACUCAACAGGCCUCAAGGUGUCGUAUCCAUGCUCUUUUUUAAGUAUAUGUUGAGUUCUUUGCAGGGUUCAAUAAACUUGAACAUGGAAGCGUGUGCAGCGAUAUUGUGACACGAACCCCGGCCAUAUAAAGCUCUGUCUCUGCCUGCAUUCUUUACAUCUCUCACCUCCCUCACACCGAGAAGUUAGAACAGAAGCUAUCGCCAAUACCGCGUAGGUAAUCAUCCCACGAAAAAUGGCAUCUGACAUCGCAGCCGUGAAAGCCAAAUACGCCGGCCGACCACGAGAAACCCUCAAACUUCUCUACGACCACGAACUGCCCAACUGCCCGGGGAAGUCCAUCGUCGGCCUCGAGCUGAGCUACGCGCCGGGCGGGUGGAGCCCGCCGCACCGGCACGCGGGCGCGACGGUGGUGGCCUACGUGCUCGAGGGGGAGUUCCUCAGCGGCAUGAACGGCCACGCGCCCAAGGUGUACCGGCCGGGGGAGCAGUUUGUCGAGCUUCCCGGCUGCCACCACACCGUGUCGGACAAUGCAAGCAGCACCGAGCCUAUGAGGGCCAUCGUCGUGUUUGUGGUGGAUACGGCUGUGCUGAGGACGGAGAGGGGGUACGCGGCGCUGGUGGAGGUUGAUCAAGGCUGGGAGGAUGCUUGA